UACAAGUGGUGGGUUGUCUAUAAAUCGCGCUGGCGGAGGCACCAUUGGUUUAGUGCGGCUUUGGUUCUCGUGGAGCGUGAACUUCAUUGUUAGAUUCGAAAGUUAUUUAAGUUGUAAGUGGGUCUGCAUCCGACAAGAUGACAGUGGGUAAAACGAAAGUGGCAAAGACAAAUAAGAGUAGUGCAACGACAUCUGCAACAACAACGGCCCAACAAUCCAGCACGAUUCAACAACAAUCCAGCAGUACGACCCAACAACAAUCUAGUAGUACGACGCAACAACAAUCCAGUACGACCGAAAUUAGAUCGACCGGCAACAUCUCGAAAACAUCUUCAGCUUCAAGUUUACAGAUUGCCGAUGUUUCGCAUCUACCAGUAAACGCAAGUAUUGUCCAAUAUACAGUAACAGAAGCCAUCCCCGGUACCGGCGAAAAAAUAACAACAUACAAUGAAUCUGGAGCAACAAGUACCGAAAUUAGGCACGCCAUAGCUCAAGACAAACAAUCAACAGUAUCGAAUAUUACACAAAUCAGUACGAUGUCUGGUGGAGUGAUCGGCUGCGAUGAGAGCAAAUAUACCGUAAUCGAGCCCAAGGAAGAGUCGAGGGUCAUCAACAAGAACGAUGCCGCUUGGAACGGGAAAUUUGUCUGGGAAAAACCUACGACGCACAUCGAGAAAACUUCUUCAUCGCAGCAGCAAUCUUCCUCUAUAUCCAAGAGCUCUUCCAGCAGUUACGUCAUUGAAAUCGUGGAUGGUAAAGAAAGGAUCGUUGAUCAGAAGAAACACGAAUCUGGACAUUCUGAAUCCCAUUCAAACGCUGAAUUUCUUUCAAUGAAAUCGGGCACUGAUAUCCAGCCUGAAAUUCACUUCAGCCAAAAGGGCAACGAUUCUUCCACGAUAUACGACUCUGACAAGCAGCCGAAACCCGUCACGAAAUCCUCAGACUUUUCCAGAGAAAUUCAUAAAGUUGGAGAUGCAGAAUCCUCGACUUCAUCCAUCGAACAUUCAUCGACACUCGGUAUCGAACAAGGUAAUAAAAACUCUAUUACAAAACAACAGCAGCUUCAAUCUGAUGCAAAGAAUAUACAUUCUACCGAUAAAUCGAGCACUCAGCAUUUUAAGCAAUCAGAUUUAUUAAACACUCAAAUAAAAACAACUUCUGAUGAAAGAAGCGCAAAAGUAAUCGAUCGCAGUACACUUUCGAAAUCAGAAAACAUAAAGUCUACCAAAUCUGAUAAUACAACAAAGUCAUCAAAUAUCUCCAAUGAAGAUGAUACCACGACAACGAUCACAACAACUACCACCUACUAUGAUUCCAAAGGUAAUGUGAUCAAUGUCGACACUAAUGUUGAAACUAUUGCGGCCGACUUAAGCGGUGGAAUUAGUGACACUGUGUACCAAACUGAAACUAUUUACAAAGAUUCUUCCUCAGUUUAUGAUGCGAAAACGAGCGAUUUAAAAACAUACAGCACUGAUUCGAAAUAUUACCAAUCAGAUUCAAAAAAAUACGUAACUGAUUCAAAAAUCACAAAUUUAGAUUCUAGUGAUAUUUAUGAAAGCAAAAAUAUUGUUGAUUCGAAGACUAAUAAAACAGAUAGUACAUCUGUAUAUGAGAAAUCAGAUGUCUCAAAUUAUAACAUCAGUUCCGAUAUUAAAAGCGUACAUCAGAUAGACUCAGAGAACAUUCAUACUAAAGAUAUUAAAAAUAUUCAGCAAAGAGAUUCAAAAAACUUAAAUAUAACUGAUGUGUUUGGACAUUCCGGCGUUGACACACAAAGACUGACUGAUUCCAAAACAUUACAUGAUACGAAAUAUACAGAUUCUAGCGACAGAAGAGAUUUUGCUGAUACAACAAAACUUCAAUCAAAUGCCAACGAGAGAGAAGUUAUUUUCGAUUCUGCCAAACACCAUAACGCUCAAUCAACAAAAACCGGGGAUUUUUAUGGACAUUCAGUUGAUUCUGCAAACACAAUGGUAAAAAAUGUUUAUGAUACUACAGCUAUUCAAAGCACAAUAGGAACUAAACGAACUGUUGAUCAAACAGAUAAAAUUGAAACCGAUGUGGUUUAUUCAAACGAUCGUAACUAUGGAAAAACAGGAUGGAAUGGUAAAUUUACUUAUGAACAGACAAUGGACACUAAGAAAUCUGUCACUGAAGAUGAUAAUCAGGCUAGAUAUAGAACAAAAUCACCUAUUGGUAGAUCCAGAAGACCUUUAUCACCAUCCAGCAUGCCAGCAGCUGGUGUAUCAUCUGUUGAAAGAAGGAAGCCAACUGAUGAAGAUAAUAAGAAAUCAGAUACUACAGCAAAGUCACCAACUGAUAGAUCCAGAAGACCAUUAUCUCCAUCCAGCAUGCCACCAGCUGGUAUGUCAACUGUUGAUAAAAAAAAACCAAAUGAUGAUAACAACAAGAAACCAGAUGGUAGAAAAAAGUCACCAACUGGUAGAUCCAGAAGACCUUUAUCUCCAUCCAGCAUGCCACCAGCUGGUAUGUCAACUGUUGAUAAAAGAAAGCCAACUGAUGAAGACAACAAGAAACCUGAUGGUAGAUCAAAGUCACCAAUUGGUAGAUCCAGAAGACCAUUAUCUCCAUCCAGUAUGCCACCAGCUGGUAUGUCCACUGUUGAAUAUGGGACCACUAUUAUCGAUAAUUAUACAGAUACUACAGAUGUUCGAUCUUAUAACACAAGCAUAACAAAUAUAAAUGAGUCGUUUGACAUUAGUAACAAGACAUUCAUUACUGACACAAAAACAACUGAUAGAUCCAGAAGACCUUUAUCUCCAUCCAGCUUGCCACCAGCGGGUAUGUCAACUGUGACUAAGAGAAUGCCAACUGACGAAGAAAACAAGAAACCCGAUGGUAGAAUGAAGUCACCAACCGGUAGAUCCAGAAGACCUUUAUCUCCAUCCAGCAUGCCACCAGCUGGUAUGUCGACUGUUGAUAAAAGAAAACCAACUGAUACUGACAAGAAGAAACCUGAUGAUAGAACAAAGUCACCAACCGGAAGAGCCAGAAGACCUUUGUCUCCAUCCAGCAUGCCACCAGCUGGUAUGUCAACUAUUGAUAAAAGAAAGCCAACUGAUGAAAACAACAAGAAACCUGAUGGUAGAACAAAGUCACCAACUGGUAGAUCCAGAAGACCUUUGUCUCCAUCCAGUAUGCCACCAGCUGGUAUGUCCACUGUUGAAUAUGGGACCACUGUUAUCGAUAAUUAUACAGAUACUACAGAUAUUCGAUCUUAUAACACAAGCAUAACAAAUAUAAAUGAGACGUUUGACAUUAGUAACAAGACAUUCAUCACUGACACAAAAACAACUGAUAGAUCCAGAAGACCUUUAUCUCCAUCCAGCUUGCCACCAGCUGGUAUGUCAACUGUGACCAAGAGAAUGCCAACUGACGAAGAAAACAAGAAACCCGAUGGUAGAACGAAGUCACCAACCGGUAGAUCCAGAAGACCUUUAUCUCCAUCCAGCAUGCCACCAGCUGGUAUGUCGACUGUUGAUAAAAGAAAACCAACUGAUACUGACAAGAAGAAACCUGAUGAUAGAACAAAGUCACCAACGGGAAGAUCCAGAAGACCUUUGUCUCCAUCCAACAUGCCACCAGCAGGUAUGUCUAUUGUUGAUAAAAGAAAGCCAACUGGUGCAGACAAUAAAAAACCUGAUGUUAGAACAAAGUCACCAACAGGUAGAUCUAGAAGACCUUUAUCUCCAUCUGGUAUUGCACCAGCUGGUACGUCCACUGUUGAAUAUGGGACCACUAUUAUCGACAAUUAUACAGAUACUACAGAUGUUCGAUCUUAUAACACAAGCACAAUAAAUAUAAAUGAGACGUUUGACAUCAGUAACAAGACAUUCAUCACUGACACAAAAACAACUGAUAGAUCCAGAAGACCUUUAUCUCCGUCCAGUAUGCCACCAGCUGGUAUGUCAACUGUUGAUAGAAGAAAACCAACUGAUGAAGACAACAAUAAACCUGAUGGUAGACCUAAGUCACCAACUGGUAAAUCCAGAAGACCUUUAUCUCCAUCCAGCAUGCCACCAGCUGGUAUGUCAAAUCUGACUAAGAGAAUGCCAACUGACGAAGAAAAUAAGAAGCCCGAUGGUAGAACAAAGUCACCAACUGGUAGAUCCAGAAGACCAUUAUCUCCAUCCAGUAUGCCACCAGCUGGUAUGUCAACUGCUGAUAAAAGAAAGCCAACUGAUGAAGACAACAAGAAACCUGAUGGUAGAACAAAGUCACCAACUGGUAGAUCUAGAAGACCUUUAUCUCCGACCAGUAUGCAACCAGCUGGCAUGUCAACUGUUGAAUAUGGGACUACUAUUAUCAAUAAUUAUACCGAUACUAAAGAUGUUCGGUCAUAUAACACAAGCACAACAAAUAUAAAUGAGACCUUUGACAUCAGUGACAGUAAAUUCAUCACUGACACAAAAACAACUGGUAGAAGACCUUUAUCUCCAUCUAGCAUGCCACCAGCUGGUAUGUCAACUGUUGAUAAAAGAAAACCAACUGAUGAAGACAACAAGAAACCUGAUGGUAGAACUAAGUCACCAACUGGUAGAUCCAUAAGACCUUUAUCUCCGUCCAGUAUGCCACCAGCUGGUAUGUCGACUGUUGAUAAAAGAAAGCCAACUGAUGAAGACAAUAAAAAACCCGAUGGUAGGACAAAGUCACCAACUGGUAGAUCCAGAAGACCAUUAUCUCCAUCCAGUAUGCCACCAGCUGGUAUGUCAAGUGUUGAUAAAAGAAAGCCAACUGAUGAAGACAACAAGAAACCAGAUGGCAGAACAAAGUCACCAACUGGUAGAUCAAGGAGACCUUUAUCACCAUCGAGUAUGCCACCAGCUGGUAUGUCAACUGCUGACAAAAGAAAGCCAACUGAUGAAGAUAACAAGAAACCAGAUGGUAGAACAAAAUCACCAAUUGGCAGAUCCAAAAGACCUUUAUCUCCAUCAAGUAUGCCACCAGCUGGUAUGUCAACUGUUGAUAAAAGGAAGUCAACAGAUGAAGACAACAAAAAACCAGAUGGUAGAACAAAAUCACCAACUGGCAGAUCCAGAAGACCUUUAUCCCCAUCAAGUAUGCCACCAGCUGGUAUGUCAACUGUUGACAAAAGAAAACCAACUGAUGAAGACAAAAAGAAACCAGAUGGUAGAACAAAGUCACCAACUGGUAGAUCAAGGAGACCUUUAUCACCAUCGAGUAUGCCACCAGCUGGUAUGUCAACUGCUGACAACAGAAAGCCAACUGAUGAGGAUAACAAGAAACCAGAUGGUAGAACAAAAUCACCAAUUGGCAGAUCCAAAAGACCUUUAUCUCCAUCAAGUAUGCCACCAGCUGGUAUGUCCACUGUUGAUAUAAGGAAGCCAACUGAUGAAGACUACAAAAAACCAGAUGGUAGAACAAAAUCGCCAACUGGUAGAUCCAGAAGACCUGUAUCCCCAUCAAGUAUGCCACCAGCGGGUAUAUCAACUGUUGACAAAAGAAAACCAACUGAUGAAGACAACAAGAAACCAGAUGGUAGAACAAAGUCACCAACUGGUAGAUCAAGGAGACCUUUAUCACCAUCGAGUAUGCCACCAGCUGGUAUGUCAACUGUUGAUAAAAGGAAGCCAACUGAUGAAGACAACAAAAAACCAGAUGGUAGAACAAAAUCACCAACUGGCAGAUCGAAAAGACCUUUAUCUCCAUCAAGUAUGCCACCAGCUGGUAUGUCCACUGUUGAUAAAAGGAAGCCAACCGAUGAAGACUACAAAAAACCAGAUGGUAGAACAAAAUCGCCAACUGGUAGAUCCAGAAGACCUGUAUCUCCAUCUAGUAUGCCACCAGCUGGUAUGUCAACUGUUGAUAAAAGAAAGCCAACUGGUGAAGACAUCAAGAAACCUGAUGGUAGAACAAAGUCACCAACUGGUAGAUCCAGAAGACCUUUAUCUCCGUCUAGCAUGCCACCAGCUGGUGUAUCCUCUGUUGAUAAAAGAAAGCCUACAGAUGAUGGUAGAGAGAAACCAGUUCAAAAACAAUUAUUGCCCGUUGGCACUUCUUCCCCGAUCAAGAAGGGACUAAGAGAUGAUGAUAAACCAAAAGGACCAAAGGAUGUUUCAAAGCCAGAUUCACCAAACGAUGUUGAUAAAAAAGGUCCCAAAGAUUUAUAUCCUAGACGUUUAGUUGAUGAAUAUGGGACCACCAUUAUCGAUAAUUAUACAGAUACUAAAGAUUUUCGAUCAUUUAACACAAGCACAACAAACAUAAAUGAGACGUUUGACAUCAGUAACACGACAUUCAUUACUGAUACAAAAACAACGUUAAACGAAACAUUUGUUGUUGAUAAUAAAACCUUCGAUGUUACCGAUAAGUACGAUAUAAUUGACAAGAAAUAUAUUAACGAAAAUGAAGACGUUGUUAAUAAGACUACCGAGAAGAUAGUGGACAUAAGAACAACGGACGACAAAACGAUCAACACUUCGGACACGACCAAAAUCGAUAGAACUACAAAGAUUUUUGAUGACGUAACCGUUAUCGAUAAAACUGUAGAUGUCCGUGAUAUUCAUGUAGUGGAGAACAUCGUCGACAUAAAAGAUAUUACCGAAGUGGAGAAUAUAACGCGAAUCGACAAAGUAGUCGAUAACAAAGUGAUUAAUAUAGUCAAGACGAUCAAAGAAGACGCACCGAAGGGCCCCAAGUACGUUCCACCCAAGAAGGAGGUCUGCAUUUGCGAGUUAUGCACUUGCGGCCGACACAGUUGCCCUCACAAUCCUGACAACUAUAACGACCAUCUUCAUUUGGAAGGUCCAUUCACUGGUCAACCGAAAGAUGAUUAUCAUGUGGUUAAAGGAGAAAGGGCACCGAUCAAAAUUCCGCAGGAUAACUUAAAACCUGAAGGUGAAUUCACUAAGCGCAUUCCAGAAGAAUGGCAACCAAGCGAACGACCAACGCCUAAGAAACCGCAAGAUAACUUACAUCCCGAAGGCGAAUUCGAGAGGAGAAAACCAGAUGAGUGGAAACCAAGCGAAAGGCCAGCGCCUAAGAAGCCGCAAGACAACUUGUUUCCCGAAGGCGAUUUCGAGAAACGCAAACCGGAUGCAUGGCAGCCAGGCGAUAGGGCUCCGGUUAAGAAGCCAGUAGACAAUUUGCGCCCGGAGGGUGACUUCGAAAAGAGAAAACCUGAGGAAUGGAAACCCAGUGAAAGACCAACUCCUAAGAAACCGCAAGACAAUUUGUUCCCAGAAGGCGACUUUGAAAGACCGAAGCCUGAAGCGUGGAAACCAGGUGAUAGGGCUCCGGUCAAGAAACCUGAAGAUAACUUAAAACCCGAGGGUGAAUUUACGAAACGCAAACCAGACGAAUGGAAACCGAGCGAACGACCAACACCUAAGAAACCACAAGAUAAUUUACAUCCGGAAGGUGAAUUUGAAAGGAGGAAACCUGAUGAAUGGCAGCCGGGAGACAGGGCACCUGUAAAGAAACCAAAAGAUAAUCUUAAGCCCGAAGGAAACUUCGAAAUUCCCGAACCUGUAAAGUGGACUCCAGCUGAAAGACCUGUUGCCAAGAAGCCGCAAGAUAAUUUGAAGCCUGAAGGUGACUUUACCGGAACUCGAACGAUUAUUGAAGAUUAUCGACUUAUUCGUGGGGAUCGAGCUGACAUCACUCGCCAUGAAGACAAUAUAGUUAUGACUGGAGAAUUUAUUGACGAAACCACAAGUAGAAGGGACUUCACUGGCGAAUUGGUAACAAAAGUUAGUCCUAUUCGUAGAAACACUUGGACUAAAAUUGAGGGUGAAAUUAUAACUGAUACGACAAAUCGAUCAGAGUAUAUUGAUUAUACAAAUGUCGAAAGAACAACAUUAGUAAAGAAACCCGAAGAUAAUUUGAAACCUGAGGGUGAAUUUGAAAGGCCGGAAAAACUUGGAUUCAAACCUGCUGAGAGACCAAAACAAAAGAAACCUCAAGAUAAUUUACGCCCAGAAGGAGAUUUUGAAAGACCAGAGAAACAAGACUUCAAACCUGCAGAAAGACCAAAGCAAAAGAAACCUGAAGACAAUUUGCGUCCAGAAGGUGAAUUUGAAAGGCCAGAGAAACCAGGAUUCAGACCAGCUGAGAGACCAGAACAAAAAAGGCCACAAGAUAAUUUGCGUCCAGAAGGUGAUUUUGAAAGACCAGAGAAACCAGGAU